AUGACUCAACAAAAAAUUGAUGAUCUAUUUUCAAUAUCAUCAUCAUCAACUCGUUCAAAUAAACGUUCUCGUAUAAAUCAAAUGCCUACAAAUAAUCGUGAUGAAUUGGAUGAUUUAUUUGAAACAAAUACUUGUACAAAACGUCGACGUACAAAUAAUAAUAAUAAUAAUAAUAAUAAACAAAAUACAGAUGUCUUUGAUUUUAAUGAACCAUCAACAUCAACAAGUACAAUAAGAAAACUUGAUAAUGAAAAUAUAAUAGGGUCAUGUAAAGUCAAACGUAAUAUUAUUGAUGAUGAUGAAAAUAAAGCUAUAGAUGAACUUUUUAAUAAUGAUACACGAAAAAAAAUUCGACGUCAAAUAAAACAUGAAGAAUCAACGGAUAUAUUAGAUAUGUUUAAAACAAGAAUAAAUACAAAUAUUCCUCAAACAACAAUAUUAUCAACUAUGGAUGAUUUUAAAGUGCCAACUUCUUCAAAAAAUUUAACAACACAAAAAAAAAUUAAAAUGUUUUUUGAUGAUACUGAUCUUAUAUCAUUACGUGAACAAGUUAAACAACAAAAUGAUAUUAAAGAUUAUAUUCAUGUCAAACCUGUGGUGGUUACCGGUGGACAAUGGUUAUCAAAAGAAGCUGAGACAAAGUCAACAUGUAACACUGGCGAAUCAUCAGAUAAUCCAACUACUAGUGAUGAUAUUCCCGAAGAUCAACGUAAUCUAAUGCAUAUUCAAUAUGCUCCACUUACUAUCGAUGAUCAAUCUGGUACUAGUAAAAAAUCGAAAGGAUCAAAAAGUAAUUCUGUAAGAGAGAAAUCAAAUAAAAAUGUUCUUGAUGGAAAAUCAUUUCAUAAACAACUUGUUUUAACUGAUUCAAUAAUUGUACGAAAAGAAAAUCUUAAAAGUUGUUAUAAUGCUCUUCUUGAAGAGAUUAAUAAACCACGAAUACAGUCAACAUCUUCAUCAAAUAAACAAAAAAAAACUACAAAAUCAAAAAAUUCUCAUGAUAAUGAAAUUAUUCUUAGUGACGAAGAACAAAUAGACAAUAUCGAUUUUUUUGAUUUACCAACUCGAAAAAAGAAAUUUUGA